AAAAUGCUCUCGAGAACUUCACGACGCCUUAUUGUCAUUUGUUUAACGAUUUUAUGUUUUAUAUCCGUGGCAGAUAAAGUGCGUGUAAUUACAGAAAUGAGUAUUAUUACUGCGAUAUCUUGUGCAUAUUUGAAACAGAGAGGAAUUUGUUGUUUUGGAAAUAAGCAAAAAAGUGUAACACUGCUAUCAUUUUUAGUUUGCUGCUGGUAUGUUUUUGUAAUAUGGCUUUCUCUGAGUUCGAAAAAUACACCUAUCAUAAAUCGGUAUAACAGAACAAAGUCAAAGAACUUAAGUGAUAUUUCAGACUGGAAAAUGGAUGCGUAUGAAACCGUUUUGAGUAAAAGACUACAAAAAAGCAAGGACAUCGACUAUAGUCAUCUUUUUUCGUUUAGUCGUUUUUCAAGGCAAAGGUGUUGGGUUCUCCCUUCGUCUCUGGAAAAGUACUUUAAAGAGUUGGAAAAUAAUAAUAGUACUUCCGGGUUGAUGAGGUAUGAAUGGGCAAGGUAUGGAACAUUCAAAACAUUUCCGUUUAAUUCACCCGUAAUGCCAAUACGUCUAGCGUCAAACGGAUUCUAUUACAACGGAUCAGGAGACAGUGUCACGUGUUUCUCGUGUGGACUUGAGUACCGCGGAUGGAGGGAGGGUGAUUCUGUUGCAGAUAUACAUGCCAGACUCUCACCAGAUUGUCACCUUAUCGUAGGAGCUGAUCAAAGAAACGUAGGGAUUCAUGCCAGCGAAGUUCAAGGUGCUACAGGAGGCGGAAGUAUUGUAACUGAUGGCAGUAUCCGAAGUGGAGAGGUCUACGUACAGAGGCAAAGUCGGCAGUCUGAAGCAAGCAGGGGUACCACUACUUCUACACUGCCACGACAUAAGUACCCCGAUCAUGCAAACUAUCAUCACAGAAUGGACACAUUCACUGGGUGGCCGUGUUGUGAUAUAAUAGACCCAGAACUUCUCGUUUCUGCUGGUUUCUUUUACGCAGGUUUCAGCGACUGUGUAAGGUGCUUUUCUUGUGGAGGCGGGUUACGUAACUGGGAAUAUGGUGAUGGUCCAUGGGAAGAACAUGCAAGGUGGUUCCCAGGAUGUGUGUUUCUAAGGGAACAGAAAGGAUCAGAGUUCAUUAGACAACACAGGGAAGUACAGGCCGACACUGAUGCCGAGCAAGAUACAUCGUCGAAUGAAGCUGGCCGUACUGAGUCAGAAUCUUCAAGCGCUCCCGAAACUGUUACGGAUGACUUUAAUAGCAGUGCUGCACAACUGCUUAUAUCGAUGGGUUACAACGAAUCCUUCGUGAAAGCUGCUAUUGAAGACUUAAGGAAAACCAAUGAGAGCCCUCCACAAACAGGUCAGCUUAUACUGCAGCUUAGUAGCUCCCAGCAACCGCAAUGCUUGCAGAAAGCCCUCCACAAACAGGUUAGCGAUAAGGUGAAAAUACAAGAAAGCAGACAAAUGGCUGUCGAUAGACGGGGUGCGAAGCUUUUUAUGUGUAGGUGUGCAAUGAACUUUGAUGAAGCAAGUAAAGGCAGCUUCGAUAUAGAAGAGACGAAACCUGAGCGGUUGGAAAGGCUAAGGGUUGCAAAAGAGGCGGUUGGAGAACGGGAAGUGAAUUGUGGCAGUCCUCGUAGGACUGUGACGGGAAGUCAGCAUAUGCGGUCAGAGGAAACACAAUCAGAUAGGUGUGUGACGGUCAGUGGAAGUGAAGGAAAGCAGUCAGAUGAUGAAGCUGCAGCUGGAAGGACUAAAGUGGCGUUCAACAGGGAAGCAGAUGUUCAGGCCGGUAAUUGCGGGCGGUCAGAGGAUUAUGGUGUAACGGAGUUAGCAGAGAUCUGUAAACUAUCAUCAGCAUCAAGGUUUAAAGUGAACAUCCAAGUGGCUAGUACAAAUGUUCUGGCAGUGGUGGAUACAGCGGAGGAGGUCACUAUUAUUUCAAAAGAGGUGUUUAAGGCUCUGAAGAUUCUACCAAGGAUGGUUAAGGAUGUAAAGUUGCUGACUGCUGGUAAGGAGCUGUCCAUGAGUGGAUUUAUAGCGGGUCCAGUCAGGCUGCAGAUUGCUUCCAAAGUGUACAAAGAAGACCUGAACGUGGCACCAAUAGAACAAGUCAUGUUGUUGGGGCUAGACUUGUUGCACAAAAGAGCAAUUCAUGGGAUAGGAAAUAAACCGGUCACGGAAAAGAUCUUUGAGAACAUUUUGAAUACAGAACCUAACCUGGUCAAUGCAACGAACUCAAAAGACAUUUUGCCAAGGUCUACUAUGAACUUACUAUCUCAUUCUAAUCAAGAUCACGAAACAGCGGAAAGAAGAAACCGUGAAGAACGAGACCGUUUGUUGGAAGAGAUCCGUAAUCUGAGGCACAGAAUGACCUGCAAAAUAUGCCUAGACAAUGAUGCAUGCAUUGUGUUUAUUCCGUGCGGGCACAUGGUAUCAUGCAGGCAAUGUGCUGAGAGUCUUAGCACGUGCGCGGUCUGCAGGGCUGACGUAAGAGAUACAAUACGUGUAUAUCCCGCCUGAAACCAAAAAACAUUUAAACUUAAAGGUAAAACAGAACAGAAAAUAAGUUCAUAUCCGAUUUAUACUACAUUUUGCAACUUUGAUAUGACACGCUAUGUUUUAGUACAUUCUUAUUCAUAGUCUAUAACAGAUCUGUAAAAUUAUCAAAGCUUGGUCUAACAUAAUAACAAGAAUAUUUACGUAUGAAAUGGCCUUUAUCUUCCAAAUCAUGCGUAUAAAAGGAAGUUCAAUAAAGUUCAUUACUAACAACUAUUGGUCAGAGAGCUAACGGACUUUAAUUGAAACAAUUGAGGCCAAAAGAAG